AUGCCUGGUCUUCUCUGGGAUUGCUGGCCUUUCCUGGAGAUCAGAGCGGUCCUCUGUGCCAUGGGCUGUAUUCAGAGCAUCAGCGGUAAAGCCAGAGUGUUCCGGGAAGGUAUUACGGUGAUUGAUGUGAAAGCCUCCAUCGACCCCAUACCCACCAGCAUCGAUGAGUCCUCCAGCGUGGUGCUCCGCUACCGGACACCCCACUUCCGCGCCUCUGCCCAGGUGGUCAUGCCGCCCAUACCCAAGAAGGAGACCUGGAUAGUUGGCUGGAUUCAGGCGUGCAGCCACAUGGAAUUCUACAACCAGUACGGGGAGCAGGGCAUGUCCAGCUGGGAGCUCCCAGAUCUGCAGGAGGGCAAGAUCGAGGCCAUCAGUGACUCUGACGGGGUCAACUACCCCUGGUACGGCAACACCACGGAGACGUGCACCAUCGUGGGCCCCACCAAGAGAGACUCCAAGUUCAUCAUCAGCAUGAAUGACAACUUCUACCCCAGCGUCACGUGGGCCGUGCCGGUCAGCGAGAGCAAUGUGGCCAAACUGACCAACAUCUACCGGGACCAGAGCUUCACCACGUGGCUGGUGGCCACCAACACCUCGACCAAUGACAUGAUCAUCCUGCAAACGCUGCACUGGCGGAUGCAGCUCAGCAUCGAGGUGAACCCCAACCGGCCCCUGGGCCAGCGGGCCCGGCUACGCGAGCCCAUUGCCCAAGACCAGCCCAAAAUCCUGAGCAAAAACGAACCCAUCCCUCCCAGCGCCCUGGUCAAGCCCAACGCCAAUGACGCCCAGGUCCUCAUGUGGAGGCCCAAGUACGGGCCACCACUGGUGGUGAUCCCCCCCAAGCACCGGUAA